AUGAGACCUCUGAGGGCGAACACGCUCUCUCCAGCCAAGUGCGACAGACCUGCGCAGCUGUCGCGCGUCACCUUGCCUCUCUCUCUCCCGAGACGAGGAUGGGACAUGGUCCUGAUGGCGGCGCAGGCUGGGGACAAGAAAGCGAACUGGCGGCCAUUGCCUUCGGAUUCCUUGACCUUCUCGGAGGAGGAGGAGGAGGAGGAGGAGGAUGACUUGAUGGAAGACAGCGACGACGAGUUUGAGGGAGACGGGAGAGAGCAGGUGAUCAUGGGAGCCGGAGCCCUUAGAGGCGAGCAGGACCUGUACAGCAUGCGCGACCUGCAGUCCAUGAAGGUACCUCGUCUCCGCUCCAUGUGCGAAGCUCGUGGGCUCAAGAAGAACGGGACCAAAGCCCAGCUGAUCAACCGGCUGCUCGCAUCCACUGUCGAGCUGGGAGAUAGCGCGACACCGACUCCGUCACGUCUGAACCCAAAGAUCAGCUCCCGUCUUUCUUCCUCCGCUUCCUCGGGCUCCUCUCCAGUGUCGGUCCAUGCGCUAGGGGGAGGGGGCAGAAGGAGGUGGAUCUGGAGCUCGAAGACGGGGCUCGUGGCCAGAAGCAUAGCGACCAGGGUGGAAGAGGUUGACGAUCAGUUCCGCCCGUCGGGGGAGGCGCUGGAGAAGAUCCUGCAAGCGCCCAAGAUCGUGAGGAGAGCAGGAGUGACGAUCACCAUGCACAGCUCGAAGAUCGUCAAGUACCAGGCGGACAUCAUCGCGGAGGGAAGUAAAAUCUCCUCCCUCGACUCCGCUCAGGUUUCUCUUCCUGCUCCUGAAGCCAAACCUCCUGCUGCUCCCCAAGCGAAGACACUUAACGGAAUCCCGCGAGAGUUUCUCCCUCCUUCCCUGCGCAGCUUCGACCCCUCGGCAUCAAGCAAGAAGCGAGGACCCGGUCGCCCGCGACAGGACGACAACGAUGAAGACUCGAUCCAGAACAACGACUGGGAGCUGGUGAAGAGCGGAGGAGGGAUGAGCAGCAGUUUCCAUGAGUCGCCCUUCGAUGCGAUGAUCCGAGCAGACGAGGAGGAGGAGGCGCGGCUGAACCCCAAGAAGAAGCGAGGAAAGGCUAAGAAGAAGGUUAUUAUUGAUGAAGAUAUCGAUGAUGACGAAGACUUGCCUGUCCCGAGGAGCAUGACUCGACUUGUGGAGGAUGAUGACGAUGGAGUAGACCUGGACGACGAGAUGCCGGAUGUGGAGGAUGACGAGUACAGUGCUGUGAUGCCAGACUUCGACGAGGACAUCGAGGAAAAUGACGAUGACGAUGACGAUGACGAGAGCUUCAAGACGUUUUUGGGAGAUGAGCUGAUCGAGGACGCAGAGCCAGAUGAGGCUGUUGAAGAGGAGACGGUGCCGAUGAGAAAGCGGGUAAUUCAGAAGAAGCGAGGGUGA